AUGAAAGUACAAGGAAAAGCUGCAUUCCAAAAUGAAGCCACUUCUAAUCUCUCCAAGAAAUUAUUAGCUAAAAAAUCUUAUGCUCUGCGAAAUAGCACCGCUGAAGCAAAUCACCAUGAACUAGAAGACGUUCACAAUCCUCUAUUUUUACAAUGAAAGCCUCAAGCUAGGUAUCAUCGCAAGAAUUAUAGCUACACAAAGGAGUCUGACUUUUCAGAAAAAUCAUCAUUUGUAAAUCCUAAAAACGAAAUUGGAAGUUUAUCUGUAUAUAAAACUAACGAGGAUGCAUUUUACAGACACCAAAGAGAAGCCCUAGCCCUUCGUCAUAAGUAUAUAGAAAGCCUUGAGAGAAAAUCUGGAGUUUUAAAAAUAAGGGAGUCAAGCUUGAAUAAUCGUAAUAUUAUGACCCCCUAUGGCAUCUCUCAUACAUUUAAUUGCUCUAAACGUAUCAAGAAUUUAAGUAAACCCAGAUCUCUCAAUUCAUCUGAAACAGACAUUUCAAAGCACUCUAUUGUUGAAAAUUUGAAUCUUCCAAAACUUAAAGAGACAAAAGAAAUAAAUGCAAAAGAUUAUGAGGAGGAGCAGGAAAUCUCUCAUAUGCUUGCUGAGCUUGAUACCUUUAGCAAAAGGAUAAGGAAAAGCGGCAUGACUUUUGGAUGCUCCACAAUAGACAUUUUAAUGCUAAACAGCAAAAAGAAAUAUAAAUAG